CUAACUGCAACAUACGUAUUUGUAACUAUGCAAUUUGUGGUUUCCAUUACAGUAAACACAGAAAGACUCGAAGAUGAGCAUCCUUUACGAUGGAACAAUUUUACAAUGUUUACAUUGUAUUUUUUCUUUUAUUGUCUAGAGCAUUUUCAUGAGAAAUAAUGAGUCUUCAAUCGCAAUGUGAUUGGUUUUUCUUUCAUUUAAGUCACGACGAUGAUAAAACGUGCCUAAAUUCGUCGCUUUGGCCUGAUUGUGAAAAAUGUCGCGAAUUUUACGAAAGUUUGGUGUAUACAAGUACAGAUGGUGAGUUUGGUUUGUUAACGAAAGAAAUUUUGGAGAAUCAUGACAAGAAAAAGCAUGUGAAACCAAGGCCUCGUCAAAUUCCAAAGUUUCGCCGUGGAAAUGUCCCAAAGUACAUCAGUUUUGUCGAGCCGAUGCCUCUUCGCCGAAGGCCUGGGAUGGACAAAAGUAGCGGCUACAGUAGCUGUGGGACAAAUAUGGAUAAUGAAGAUCUCUCAUCACCUGUAAAUACACAAAGGGAAACAGAUCUGCGGACUGUAUCCGAGUUUAUUAACGAUCUGCCACCAAGCAACGAAGCAGUUACUGGAAAAGUGGAUGUGAAUGACGUAAACCAGGAAGAGACGAUAUCUUCACGAGCUUCUUUUUCUGAAUCCGAACUUAAUGAUGAAUUGGAUUUAGUCAGUGAUGAAGCAUUUAGUAUGGACAAAGAACAAUCAACCACUAAUGAAGAAGAUUUAGUCAUGAAAAGAUUAAACACUGCUGAUACAUUUGACUCUCUUGAACGGCAGAGUUGUGACAAAAGUAGAAGAAGUAAUUUUGCCAGACAUCAUGAAGUCUCGCUGCGUAGUGUGACUGACUUUGUUGACAACAUUGAGAAUGGCUCCAGCGAGGAUGUUUUCAUGGAUAAGAUGGAUGAAAUUUAUGAAAGCAACAAUUCUAGAAUAGAAGGCAAAGACGGAGAUGAGGACCGAAUUCAAAGUAACUGUAUAGUUGAAGACGACUCGAACCUACAAAAUGUGCCCCAUGAAAUGAACGAUGGCAAAUUGAUCGAUGGAAUCCCAUCAGAUAAGACUGAAAAUGCAAGUUUUUUAGCCAAUUCACAUGUGACCUUUCAGGACCCAGUGGCUGCAGAUCCUGGAGUUUUGUGGAAGGAUAACGAUGUAAAACUUAAAACUGAACGACCGAAGUCCAUUCUUAAGGUGACAUUGGAUGCUGUCAAAAGUACAAAAGAUGAAAACACUUUGGAUUCAUUUGUAAAAAGAAAUAGCACAUCGUCAGCAGCUAAUAGAAAAUUGUCAUCAAGACAGUCUUUGAAUAGCCCCACAAACGGUGUUAGAACACUGACAAGUGCUGAGAAUACUUUAUCUAUUAAUUUAACAAAAGAUCGUGGACGAGAGCUCAAAUAUGAGCAGAAAAACACUGAUCGAUCGACCAGUGACGAGGAAAGAUUAUCAGACUCCGAUUUUUCCACAAAUUUACGACGUCAUCGACCAAAGCCAAAAGCAAACAUUUACAAUCGGCGUACAAAUAUGAAAGUCCCGAAUGAAAAAUUGCGCAAGCGUAAAAACUCCAGUGCCAGUGAAGAUGAUGACGUCACUACGAUGGCCGAUUCUACUCUUCUGGUAGAGCAAAUUCUUGAAGAGGAAAAGCUUCGUGGUGAAGGAAUGAAACAAUGGCUCAAGGGUCGCUUGGCCUUAUCUCAACAAAAUAGUCGCUUUGAAAUCCCAAUGGAUGUUCGAUUAUUGGAAUCAAUGACACCGAUGGAAUAUCUUACAAAACAUUGUGUUAUAAGUAAACGAAGGAAGGCAUUGUAUCAACGUGUUUUUCAAAAGGUUGACCGCAAUCGCGAUGAAAUGAUCAACUACACGGAAUUGGAAAAAGGAUUGCGUGAUGUUCACGUUGGUAUUUUAAACAAAGACCAUAUUGCUUGUAUUGUUAAGAUGGUUGUUAUAGACAAAGAUGGGGAAUUUGACGUUCGACAGUUUUCUGCCAUUGCUGCUUUCUCGGAAAGAAUUUGUUGUAAAGAUCAACUUCCGGUUGAGAUGCUUAACAAUGCUAGUGGCCAGAAGGAAAUCAUUGAAUGUGCUGAUUUUUGCUCCCUCAGCUGGAAAUUACAUGGUAUUAAAGUGAAUCCUGAUGUUAAACGAAUUUUGGAUGCACUUUAAAGCUGUGCAACCACGGUCAUGUAUGGAUUUAAAACAUGGUAAAACAUAAAAAAGUCGGUUAUAAGAAAUGUGUAAUUCAAGAAAUCUAUAAUUGAGGAUUCUUGUAUAAAAUGGUGGCUUUGUUUAGGAUUAGAUUAUUCUAAUUGAAUUAAUUUCAUUUGUGUACUACAAUCGAUUACAUUGUCAAUUGUUGUUUGUGCUUACUUUGAAUGUGCAAAAUUAAUAAAUGUAAACAAAAGUCAUGUAAA